UGAGUUAUUAGUAUAAAUCAAGAUCUGUUCAUCAUUCAGUUGCAGCCUGAAUACUGAGGUAUAAGCAGCUCAGUAAAUACAGAACUGAUCUGAAAAAUCAAACUUGGUCGAUGGAGCAGUACUGAGGAUGGAUUUGAUCUCAGACGGUCACGGUUCAUUUGUCGGUGGAUGCCAUUGUGCAUGUCGGUGCGUGUCAGGAGCGCGUGGGAAACUUUGGGCGAUGGGAAUAUAACAAUGCGCUUUAACGUGCUGGACUGGUGCGGAAAAUAAAAGGCACGGGGAUUCAUCGAGUCAAGGCGGUGGAGUUAAUGCGAGAGCUGUUACAGUUCAAACGCACAGUGACUGUAAAUAAUCGGAACAAGAAACGGACCGAGAAGCAGGGCGAGACCGCUAGCGAUUCAUCGCGGCGCAUUGUGAUGACGGUACAAUGUUUCAUUCACAAAGAGUCACGAUCGAGCGUUUUCAUUUUUAUGAAUGAUUUCAAGGCUUCGGUCCUUGUCGAGUUUGUUUGUGCGCGUGCUUUUUUUAUGUAGUCGGUAGCUCGUGUAGUCCGCCAGGGUUCAGUUUAUCUGGAUAUGGAUGAGCCAGUAUUAAAAAGCAUGGAAACAAAACGGACAAACGUUUUCUUAAACUUGUGGAGAACUGUUCGCAUCGUGCUACAGCCCUUAAGCUCAUUUUCGCAAUUUAGUCGCUUAUAUACUUUAUAUUAGUUUAAAGAUUGCGUCGGAUUAGUGAUGGAAAAUGACGAGACUGAAGGGCGUGAUUUGCUCGCACGUGCAGGUGUUAAGGAAAGGUGUGUCUGGGUCCAGGAAGUGUGUUUACUUUUAUUAUUUAUUUCUUUUUUUUAUUUUUUUGCUGCAACUGUUGUUUCCUGGUAACUGGUGUUACAUGGUUCUUGAGUAGGGUAAACCUUUUUUUUUUAAUGAGCAGCAUAUAGAAAAUGUUAUUUUAAAAUACAUACUCAUGUAUAAGUAGCCUGUGCUUGAGAGUAAGAGAAGGAUUUCAAUAGUGGAACAAGGAAUAUACUUGGCUAUUCAGCUGUUCAGUGAAACACCUUUCUGUUUUAUGAACUCUGGUGAAUUGUAUGUGCAUGUGAGAUAUAUUUAGCGCAAAGAUCUACAGGCCUUCUUCGCUUCCUCUUCUGAUGCAAUCCAGAGAAAAGGGAAUGAUGGAAGCUUUGGCAUGCCUAUCUGAAGAAACUUUGACCCCAAAACAAGUCUCUCUCUCUCUCUCUCUCUCUCUCUCUCUCUCUCUCUCUCGCUCUCGCUCUCUCGCCCAUGCUUCUUCAUGCCCUGACAUGCCAGGAACAGGAGGGGAGGAGAUAAAGGAGAACAAGAAAAACCGGUGAGCAGCUGUGUGGCAGAGAGUGUGUGAAAGAAACAGAAGAGUCCAAUCCUGUCAGCAUAACUCCAAAGACGUGCUAAGAGAAAUAAGGGAGACCCACUAUCCUGGUGUAAACCAGUACAAAAAAAAAUAUAAGAAAUUAAUGGGACAUUAACAAGGAACGGAAUUUGGAUGCACAGAGCUCAUCUGAGAUCAAGUGAGAUGACAACUAGGUCCUAACUAAAGCAGAAUUCAAAUUCACCUUCAGCCAGACACCAUCCAAGGAUUUUCUUUUUUGGAAGAAAUUUCACCAUAUGACUUCAGCAUAAUUCAGCACGGUGUGAUUAUCAUUACAAAUGACAGAAAGAUGAACUGAAGAAUUUUUUUUUACCUUUGGACAUUGUACAUUGUGCAGCUUGAAUUGUAGUAUGGGGAAAGGCCUGACACCUUUUUUCUGGGCUAGAUGAGGGGCUGCAGGCCAAGCUUGCUGCAGGGCCGACGGUUCCACUGUCGGGAAUGGGCCCUGGAGAAGGUAAAGAGAUACCUGGAGGCAAGGAAUCAUGUCAAAAGGUCGCAAGACUCAUUCCAUCUCCCAUCAGGUGUCCUGGUAAUGGGGGGACCUGGUACAGGUAAGACAGCCUUCUGCACAGAGUUGGUAUGGCCCCAAUCAGAAGCAGGGAAAGCAAGCAUGCUGGCAUCACGGUGCUUGGCUUGGCACUACUGUCAACGGGAAGAUGCAGACAGCAUAGAAGUUUGGAGAUUUGUACUGGGCCUGGUGGAGCAGCUACGUAAGAGCCCUUCAUUGGCACCGAACUAUGGCAACCUUUUGACCAAUCCUGCUGUUGCUACCAGCCUAGAUCCUCUUCACUGUCAACGUGACCCAGAUGACACCUUUAAGAGGGCAGUAUUGGAGACCCUGCACUCCUUGCCCUCUCCAUCUGAGAGUCUUUACAUAGUGAUAGAUUCUCUGGAUUCUGGCUGUGGUGGGACUGUUGGAGUUGGUGAAAGCCUGACAACAGGGACUACAGGUACUCAGAGUACUUCAAUAGCAGAGCUCCUCCACAGACACCACCAAUACUUGCCACCGUGGAUUUUCCUGGUCUGUUCUGCCCGCAGACAGAAUAAGGCUGUAUGCAAGAUGUUCUCGGGUUUUCGAAAGCUAUGUCUAGAUGACUUGCGGAAACCUUUGGCUGUACAAGAUGUUCAGCAUUAUAUUCUACGGAGGCUAGACCAGGAGGGGACCCUGCGGCGGCAGCUCACACCAGAGACAGCUGACAUGCUUAAUUUGCUCCAUAUCAAGAGUGGUGGCUGCUUUCUGUUCCUUGAGCGAGUGCUGGAUGGUGUAGCAAGUGGUUUAGUAGGGCUCAGAGAAAUCCGAGACAUACCAGGUACACUAAAUGGUCUCUAUCUAUGGCUCUGUCAGCGACUUUUCCCCCGUAGACUCUUUGUCCACGUUAGGCCCUUACUGAACAUUAUUCUUGCCUCCCCACGACCCCUAAAUCUUGAGGAACUCUUCAGUGCUGCACAAACUAGGGAUGCUUGCUUAGUACAUGAGGACUUUCAGUCACAAAUGCAUGCCCUCAAAGCACUGAUAGUAGAUGGGCCAGAGGAGAGUAAGAUCUUGUUCCAUGGUAGUUUUGCAGAGUGGUUAACUGAUGUGAAGUACUGUACACAAAAGUUUCUGUGCAGUACUAAAGAUGGUCAUCUUUCACUUGCCAUGUCCCUAUCACUGAGAUCUAAAAGCCUUAAGACAGAAGAGGUAUGCCAAUUGGGCCAUCACCUCCUCAACAGUGGAAUACAUUCAGGGGAGCCAUCAUUGCUGGCACUAUGGAUGCUUUGGACUGGAGUUCCUACUCUUGGGAACUGUGGGAAGGGCCCAUCUGCCACUUUCUUUCAACAUUACAUUUCCAUGCAAACACCUGUGCUGGUUCAACAGGAUGUGCUUCAGCUUCUGAUGAAAAGUGGUGUUUUCCCCCCCACCUGUUCACUAGACAAUGGUCCUAGUGUGGGUGUACACUGUGUGGGUAAAGGGAGAGCAAUAGUGAGAAGGGCACUGCAAAGAGAGGACUCUGUGCGAGCACUUCUGGAUAGUGGGGUUAACGUAAACAGGACAGAUCCAUCAGAUGGACGAACUCUGCUCUCUACUGCAGCUCACAACGGGCUUGCAGAUAUAACUGCAUUACUACUGUGUCGUGGAGCAGACCCUUCUCUAAGUGACAACCAAGGACAAACACCUCUAACGCUUGCAGCCAGGCAGGGCCAUGUAGGUGUACUUCAGGUUAUUCUUGACUGGAUUCAGGAUCAAGAGUAUGGCAUGGUUCGAACAUUGCUGGAGCACGCAGAUGGUGAAGGAUGGACAGCUCUAAGAUCAGCCUCAUGGGGGGGUCAUAAGGAAGCAGUGAAGAUACUACUAGAGGUAGGAGCAGAGGUAGAUGGUUGUGAUCCUGAUGGGCGCACAGCUUUACGAGCUGCUGCCUGGGGGGGACAUGAGGAGAUUUUGCUGACUCUUAUUGGCCAUGGUGCUACAGUUGAUAAGAGGGACAAUGAAGGCCGUACUCCGCUCAUUGCUGCCGCCUAUAUGGGGCAAAAGGAGGCAGUAGAGAUAUUGAUGGAUGCUGGUGCAGAAGUGGAUCUGGCAGAUGGUGAUGGACGUACUGCACUCUCAGUAGCUGCACUGUGUGUGCCAUCAGCAGCAGGGGGGAGAGGACAUAUAGAGGUUGUGGGUCUGUUGCUGGAAAGGGGUGCUGAUCCAGAGCAUAAGGACAAAGAUGGAAUGACACCAUUACUCCUUGCCUCCUAUGAGGGACAUGAGGAAGUUGUAGAGCUUCUUCUGGAGGCUGGGGCUGAUGUGGAUGUGAGUGCUGGAACCUACCCCUCUGCUGUCACACCACUUCUUGCAGCUGCAGCCAUGGGCCAUGCAGGCACUGUGAACCGAAUGCUAUUUUGGGGUGCAGCAGUAGAUGGAAUUGAUGGAGAAGGUCGCACAGCACUCUGCUUAGCUGCUGCUAAGGGCAGCGUAGAAGUUGUGAGAGCCCUACUGGACCGGGGCCUGGAUGAGAAUCACAAAGAUGAUUUGGGCUGGACACCACUACAUGCAGCUGCCUGUGAGGGCCACAAGAGUAUUUGUACUGUACUCACAGAACAAGGUAGUAUGGCUAGAGUUGGUGAAUUGGACGUGGAGGGCCGGAUACCACUCAUUCUAGCAGCACAGGAAGGUCACUGCAGUACAGUUAGACUCUUGCUUGAUCGUAAAUCACCUAUUGAUCAUAGAGGGUAUAAUGGACACUCUGCUCUCAGUGCAGCUGCUCUGCAAGGGCAUGGGGAGGUGGUAGAACUGCUCUUGAGACGUGGAGCUGACAGUGAUGUUCGAGAUGCAGAAGGAAGACCUCUUCUGUACUUGCUAAUUCUGGAAGGCUGUUUGGAUAUAGCCACCUUGCUCAUAGAGAAAGGGGGUGUUCCACUAGAAUCAAGAGAUGCAGAGGGCCGUACAGCACUACAUGUAGCAGCUUGGCAAGGUGACCUAGAUGGGAUUGAACUGUUGCUCAGACAUGGUGCAGACCCUAAUGCACAGGACUCAGAGGGUCGACCACCACUGCAUUUUGUAGCAUGGCGGGGGAACAUGAGUGCUGGGAGAUUGCUGCUCAGAGCUAGAGGCAUAAAUGUUAAUCUAGCUUGCAAAAAACAAGGUGCCACAGCACUCAGUAUUUCUGCUCAGGAGGGACACACUGAAAUUGUGGCCAUGCUUUUGGAAAAUGGUGCUGAACCAGAUCUUGUGGAUUACUAUGGCCGCAGUCCAGUAAAAGUUGCAGGAAAGAGAGGUAAUUUUACCAUUGUCCGCCUGCUCGAAAGCUAUGGAGCAAAGCCAUUCCUUGGACACCUACCUUCACUCUGUGAAACUCCAGGCACCUCCAAUUCCUCCAUGCUGAAAACUCAGGUUUCCACCUGCUCUGUUGAGGGCUCUGUAAAUGGUGGCCCAGCAACUUUCUCCACCUCAUCAAACUCUUUGUCAGCCUCUUGCUCACCUGCUUCUACAGCUGAAAGAUUUAAUUCAGUUCCUGGUUCUCAGACAUCCUCCUCCACAUGCCACUCUCUGGCCACAGUACAGACCGUGCCUGCAGACACAUUAAGCUUCACACAGCAGAUUCAGCAGCACUCACUACCCCGCUGCCGCAGUCGGCCAUCUACCUUACCUUUACAUGACUUAAACCAUUCUAGCCUACAAAAAAGCACUGCAAGGAACAAGCAGAAAGCAGAUUCCAAAGAUAACCCUAUCAAUGCACAAUGCACAGUUCUUGAACUACAGGACUUGCAUGUUUCCCUUAAAGGUCUUGCGUCUCCACAAACUGUUGACUACAUCUUGAAGCCCCAUACUCCUCACUUGAUUGAGAAUGAGUUAGAAAACAGUCCCCUGAAAUUUGGAAGUUGCAAGUGGAACUCAGUAAUAUUGUCUCUAGGGUUGACACCAAACCAAGAGGGGGCUAUUAGACAGCCAAUAAAUAGAGACAGUCCACCUUUAGGAUAUCUCCCCAUUCAUCUUCAGUCUCAUGCACAAAAAGAGAGCUGGGAUGGCUUUAAAAAAACAACAAUGUCCCCAACAUUUGACCUGUCAUCCAUCUCUCCACAUGGUGCCUUACUAGAGGAAUCUGUGUUCAUCACAACCACAGACCCUCAGCUUAACCUCAAACAGGCCAUUAAAUUGCAGUUUGAGGGGCCAACCAGCGCAGCACUUUACAAGCGGGAAACACCACUCUAAAGAAACCCAUGAUAAUUAGGAGAUCAAGGAGGAGAGGGUGCUGUGGCUGUAAGGCACUCUGCGUAGUGGAGAACCAAAUAUGAAACGAGGCCAGCAUACCAAACACAAAAUAUCCUUUGACUCGCUUAAAAAUAUUGGGUAAAGUAGCAGCAAAGGAGAGGCAAAUAACUAAUGAACUUCAAAGGGCCUAUGCUGUGUAAUUUCUGGAUAUUUUUAUGACAAGUCACAAUGGAGAACUGCUAGCUCCCCCUCACUCAAACACUCACACAAUCACAGGAAAAUAUUCUUACAAACACAACAUGGGAAUAAGGUUGCAUACAGGAAAAUGUUAUUACAUAUGUGGUCAAAGAACAACAUGAAAAUGAAGAUAUUCUUAAUAUAUAGUAAAGUUUAUUUGUUUAUUUGCACAAGUACAACAUGGAUUUAUAUAAUGGCUCAAAUGGCUCAAGGUAAAGCAUGAAUAGUAUAUUCAUAGUAUAUGCAUAGUAAAGGGUGUCCCAUAGGUCCAGCAUCAUAUGGUUUAUUUUUAUAGUCUAUGAAGUACCUGAACAAGGACAAACCAAUCCAGACAAUUCAUCAUAUAGAACAAAGUGAAAUAUAAUACAUUGAGAAGGUUCUACAAAUAAAAGCAUAUAU